AUGGCAUCGUCACCUUAUAGUAUUGAGGAUUAUUUAGAAAUUCUUAUGAUCAAUGACUAUUUUGCGGUGAAUAAUGAUCAAUUAAUAGUUAAUAAUAAAAACGAAUCAAUCCACAAUUAUUGUCAUUCCUGGAGGAAAUCAGGAAAAGAUAAUUGUGAUUGUUAUUUUCAAUUGGCUAGUUGUGGUUUUAUUUAUUUGCUAGAAAAAUUAAAGAAGUAUGUUUUAGAAGAUGAUAAACUUGCCCAAUACGCUACUUUAUGGUUAAGUUUUAAACUAAAUUCAGCGCCAAACAAUUGUGGCACCAAUUUAAUCAGAUUUUAUACUAAUUAUAUAGAAAAAAAUGAUUAUUAUAAUAAGAAAAUAAAAGUUGAUGGUCUGACUUAUAAGAAAAUUAUAGAUAAAAUAAAAAAUUUGAUGGAUAUUAAGGAAAUAUAUAAAUUUAAUAUCCCAUUUUAUAGAUUAUUUUUAUCCUAUUUAGUAAUUUAUUCUGAAAAACUGUUUUGUGAAUAUUUUUCGAAUUAUCCUAAAACCUUUGUUAGUGAAUUUAAAAGCCUCAAUAAUGAUCCUAAGAAUAUAAAAGACAGUCCAUUUAGUCAAAUAUUGUCUACAUUAUCAAAUGAUUAUGAUAAUUUAAAAAAUAAAUACGGUAAAAAUAAAUGUGUCAAUUUUCCAGAUCUUCCACCAUUAAACCCAAAAAAAAUUAUUGCACCAAGUCCUGAAGCUACAUCAUCAAGUUCGUCGAUAUUAAACACAGUAAUUCCAGGUUUAUCGAUAUCUUCUGUAAUAUUAGUUUUCUUGGGAGUUGCUUAUAAGACAAUAUAUAAAAAAAAAAUUAAAAAAAAUAAAGAAGAAAAUGAAACUUAA